AUGCAGGAACCAAUUUUAGAAUCUGGAGCUGUAGAACUGCUUUGUGGAUUAACGCAAAGUGAAAAUCCCGCUUUGCGAGUGAAUGGAAUUUGGGCUUUAAUGAUGAUAACUGUGGAUUUCCCAUUGUUUUUGCAGCAUAUAGAUAAAAUAAUGAGUACUCAUGGAAAGCAAAUUAUGCAGGCCGUCACCCUUAUUCUGGAAGGGGAGCAUAACAUUGAGGUCAAAGAGCAGGGUCAUUCACAUGUGAAACUGCAGCUUGCCGCUAUGUUUUGUAUAUCAAACCUCAUAUGGAAUGAAGAGGAAGGUUCACAAGAACGCCAGGAUAAGUUACGAGACAUGGGCAUCGUAGAUAUUCUACACAAACUGAGUCAGUCACCAGAUUCAAACCUUUGUGACAACCUCUUGAGAACCUUUACCAAGCUCAUGAUUGGAGUAGUCAAGGAGGCCUCCUCAGUCCCAGCUCAAAGGAAGACCCUUUUACAAGGAUCAGGAUGCACCCAUCCUGUGUGGCUGUCAUGAGACAUUACAUCUCUUCUUCUCCAACUAGCUGUCUUCUUCCCCAACCACCCUAACAACCUACCUCCUAUGCCAGGUCAGUGUCCGCAGGCAUGAUGAGAAGAAUGAGAUGAAACUAUAACCUCCUUCCUCAAUUUGAAGGCAUUUGAACCAUGAGACAGUCUUGGGUUGUGAGCACUAGGCACCCCCUGCACCUUCUAAUCAACACCUGAAGGCCUCUCCCUGGGUCAGUUUUCCUCUUAGCUUCCCAGAAUCCUAAGUGUCCUCCCCAGUGUCCUGCAGCACCAGCUAAAAACCUGCAUGGCAGUAGGAGAAAGUAAAGAAUUCCAGACCCAUCGUGGCCAAAUGCCAGUGACAAAGGGAAACUAGAAUUCACUGCAGCAGGUGGAAGGACAAGAGCAGCCCUUCCUAAGAGAACCUCAGGAAGAGGAAUGUAGCCAGCAUGGGUUUGAAGUUAUCUGCUGACCACAGAUCUCUGCCCCUUACGGUAUUCGUCCAGCUGGGCUCACCGCAAUUCCCUUUGGGGAUCUUUUUAGACUCCCCCCCAUUACCAUCUUUGAGCCACAGGAUUUUUGCCUUAAUUACACUUCAGAGAGGAUG